AUGGCCGCAAGCUCGAUCAAAGCAGGGGGCAAUAGCAUGGCUGGUGUGCAGGAGCUGGUCGAGGCGGACCAAGGUGAUCAAUGGCAUCGGCGGUUGCAACCAACAAUGGCUGAGACAAGUUGGAGGCGCAAGCUACAAGGGCGGCCAUGGCAGUUCAGCGAGCAGGGCCACGGCCAGCAGCACCGAUGCUGUGCGUGGGAGGCCGGAGGCGAUGUAGGAAGUCGGAGGCGACAGGGGGUGCUGGCCGGCGUGGCAGCGUGCGGCGAAGCUGGGCUAGGUAGCGACUGGGAUGGCUGGUUUGUGAGGCGUGGUUUCUCAGAAUGUUCUAUAGAAACCAUACCGGAGGAGAAGACGUCCCGUGGUUCCAAAAAUAGCGAAGCACUAAUUGACCAUAUUAUCAAGAAAGAAGGGAACUUGUUAGUUUUCGAUAAAUCAGAAAACCAAGCGGUGACAACGAUCAGCCUGCGGACGGGGAAUGCUUGGCUGUUGCUGAAGGUGAACGGGGUGUUGUACGUGAGGAAUCUUUCAUUCGAUAUUACCAGCGAGGACACCAGGGGCACUGCCUUCGUCGUCUACGAGGACAUCUACGACGCCAAGACCGCCGUCGACCACCUCUCCGGCUUUAACGUCGCCAAUCGCUACCUCAUCGUGCUCUACUACCAGCAUGCCAAGAUGAGCAAGAAGUUCGACCACAAGAAGAAGGAAGAUAAGAUCACAAGGUUGCAGAAGAAAUACGACCUGUCCACCAAAGACAAGUAAAAGAUCACCAUCACCAAGGCCAUUGUAAUUAGAGGAUGAACCAAUUGAGUUCUUUCUAGCUAUCUAGAGUUUCUUUUCUCUGUUAUGCGUUGGAUCACCAGCUGGUUGUGGAUAGGCUUUGAUGAAAGAGGAAAAA